AUGACUUGGUUUCCUGUUGACAACCUGCUGUGCAGGGUUCUGGCCAUUACCAUCACUCUGUGGUUGACUCUUCUGUUAGUUUUCACAAUUGUCCCUGCUGUCCUUGGAGUCUCUCUUGGAGUACGCAGACUCUACAUAAAGACACUUCUCAAGAUCUUUGAGGUGAGAUUGAUGUCUAGUCUAUAACAUGUAAAGGACAAAAUGAUUCUUCUCACGUGCUAUUUUUUAAAAGAGGCUUUUUCUGUGUAUAGCAUCAAAGGUCUUUUGUGUAAACUGUGUUUGUUGUUGUUGUGCUAAUCUCAUUAAACUUUUUUUUGUAGGAUAGAAUCCCUGGUUUCCCUCAGCUCAGAGGGAUUGUUGGAGUCACAUGGGCUGUUACUGUUUCACUUUCUUCAGGGACUCAGAUUUUUGUAACAGACCCCUGGGAGGAACAAAGCUUUUAGCCAGGGGGACGACCAUCUGAGGUGGUGUAGAUACCGCAGAGAGCUAAGACUCCUGGGAUGAAGUCAGAGGAUUUUGUAAAACAGAGAUUACAAGGCAAGGCAAUGCUCCUUACAGGCUCAGCCCCUGUGGGCCUGCAGACUUUGUUGCUUCUGCACUCAGGAUAGUGAGAGUCACCAGAGAGCAGAAAAAUUGUGAAUGUCGUUCAUGGGAUGAAGUUCUGCUGUUAAAGGGAGAUUACAAAAUGCUUUUACUGUAUAACAAAGUUGAUGUGUGGACAGUGGCGCCAUCUGUUGGUGUAAGAGAUUUAGUUUUGAAGUCUUGGGUUUGGUAUUUGUCUUUUUUUAGAGUGACUGUAUUUUGACAACAGGGUGAAACACAUUGUUAUACCUCCUUCCCUAAUUACAUGCCUGCCAAUCAGAAGUUACCUUGCAGUAUUUGAAGGUCAAAUUACCUAUUUAGAACUUUAAAAUAUCUGAUUAGGUAACUAAUCAACAGAAAACAAGGUUUAAGAUAUGAUUUGAAAAUUCAUAAAUUGGCUCCUCUUUUGCCACACACCAGAUGCUAACAAUUUUGGAAAAGAAAUAGACUUGAGUCCUUCUGAUUUUGGCCUCCGCACUUUUGGCUUCAUUUUAAAACCAUGAGGCCAUGUCCACUAUUAGUCAGCAGCUAUAGUUCUCCUUGUGUUUGUAAGAAAUUUGAAGGCCUUUUCCUACCCUUUGUGUUAAUACUCAGUAGCCUAUGCUGUCUUGAACACUGGUCAAAGAAUGAAGUUUCCCUGACUGCCAUGGUGCUGGUCUUUAGGGGGAUAAAGGAGGGAGUAUAUGAUCAUCAUCAUCAAACCUUUAUCAUGCAGACACCCUGAGACUGGACCACAGUGGUUUCAAUUUUACUGCAUUAGAGCCGACUUUUGGGAAAAAAUGAUAUGGACUGCAAGCUUUAGUCCUUUGAGAAUAUGAUGUCUAAUUCUUCACCUUGCUCAUAUCACAGUUUAUGCUUUUCAUAUUAUUCUUGAGUCUUUAACUUUGGUUUAAGUCUGUAGGACCAAAGCUGCUGUAUGAAAUAUUUCAGUAAACAAAGAACACUUACUUCUCCAUGUGUCUAAUCUAGUUAUAUUCCCUUUAAUCAGUGGGCAACCUCACGUAUGGAGAUGGGGGCGAAGGAAAAGAAUCAGGAGCUCUAUAAACCAUACAGCAAUGGUAAAAGCACAAUGCAUCAAUUACAAGACAUAUGAUACUUGUUUUAGUCACCAUAAAUUCAAGUGCUUUCUUAUUUUGCAGGAAUCAUAGCCAAAGAACCUCCAUCCUCUUUGCAGCAGGAGAUUCGGGAGCUCCGGGGCUCCUGCUGUCUGCGCUCUGAGCCAGAGUUUGAAAUGGGGGAUAUUUUUUACUUCUGCCGGAGGGGCAUGGAGAGCAUUGUGGAUGACGAGGUCACCAAACGCUUCUCAGCACAGGAACUGGAGAGCUGGAAUUUGCUGACACGAAGUAACUACAACUUCCGCCAUAUAAGUGUGAGACUCACUGUUGUGUGGGGACUUGGAGUCCUGAUCCGCUACGGCGUCCUGCUGCCUCUAAGGUCAGUGUAGAACACAGGAGGGUUAUGGAAUAGAAGCAGCAAAUUCAUAUCACAGUACACAAUGAGGUACACAACACAAUGUGACAUAGUGUUGACUGCUGGUUCAUCCUGUUUCUAAUCAUUUUUAUUGUUUUAUGAAAGUAUUAAACACCAACUGAUAUAUCCCUACAACAAUAUGUAAAGCACUCUGAACAAGCAAUUUGCCUCCAAGGAGCAAAAUGGAGAAAGAAACCAAGAAAUUAUGAGAGCAAAAUAACAGAUAAAUAGAUCAAUUUAAACAGAGGGGUUCAUCUAAAUCCAUACUUUCAGUCAGGAGAGAUGAGGUGCAUGGUAAAUUGGAUAACAAAAUUAAACAUACAGUGUCAACAGCAACUGAACUUUAGUGGGAUGGAAGCACAGAUUUUCUUAAUUGAUUAUUUAUUGAUUAUUAUGUUUUGAGUCAACUACUUGUUCAUUUUCGCAGGGUCACGCUGGCAGUCACUGGUAUCAGCUUGCUUCUGGUUUUGACCACUCUGGUGGGCGUCUUACCAAGUAAAGAGUAAGUUUUCACAAGAGUUUAGAUCUGCCAUAAAAAGUUGGAGAAGUAGACAGUAGACUGACAUGGUGUUAUACAUGACUUUGGGUCAAUCAGGAUCAAAAUAAUCCAGGAAUUCUUCAGUGUAUUUUGAAAUGGUUGUCUUUGUGGAGUGAAUAAAUAAUUUGACUUUUUUUUUUUUUUUUUUUGCUGCAUAUCAUCAGGUUGAGGUCCUUCCUGAGUGAAAAGAUUCACAUGUUGUGUUACCGCAUCUGUGUUCGGGCUCUCACAGCCAUCAUCACUUAUCAUAACAGGUACUACUCAAUUCCUGCUACAUUUACACUUUUAAAAAAGCUAUAUCCGUGCUGAUGCGCAAAGUAUACUCAAAAUACAGCGUGUGACUGUCACGUUGCUAUUGUUAUGUGGUAAUUUAUCUAAAAUCAAAGCAAAUUUGUGAGAAGUUAAUGGAUUACAAAGUGUAAACAAGAUGUUUGUUUGUGUCUUCAAUCUCAGGCAGAACAAACCAAAGAAUGGCGGCAUCUGUGUGGCAAAUCACACAACACCCAUUGACGUCAUCAUCCUUGCCAACGAUGGCUGCUACUCCAUGGUAGAGAAGUUUUUUUGUAUCUCUCUGUCAGUGUUUUUCUUCUGAGAAGAUUAUAUGACAUUUGUAAUAAUCUCUCUUUUUUUAAACAGAUUAUUGAAAAUGAAUUUGAGAUGUUUCCCUCGUCUCUCUUAGGUUGGCCAGGUCCAUGGAGGUUUAUUGGGAAUGAUCCAGCGAGCCAUGGUCAAAUCCUCUCCUCACAUCUGGUUUGAAAGAUCAGAAGUAAAAGACAGACACCUAGUGGCCAAAAGGUGACACUGCAAGUCCUCCAGGUCCAGUUACAGUCAGUCGUGAUUCAGAUUAACUGAAAAAGGUGUAAAAAGCUAAUCUUAUAGAGUUUUUAUUAGGCUGGCCAUUAGAAGAUGUUAAAAUUGGCAGAAUAAACCAAAUUUCAUAAAUUUUAUAUUCGAUUUAGUGAUAUUUUGACUAGACUUUAGUUGUCGAGUUUACUGAUAUAGUUUUUGUGAAUGUUAAAAUUGAAAUAGUGAAGGCAAGGUUCGAGAAUCAUUGGACUUAAAGUCUAGAAGUUAGGCUUGUUGCACUAGUAUAAAACAAAUUAACAUGUUGAUCACUUUUACUGAUUCCAGGCUGAGCGAUCAUGUCGCUGAUAAAACCAAACAGCCCAUUCUGAUUUUCCCUGAGGGUGUGUAUGACACAUCUUUCUCUUAAACAUGUCCAAAGGCCAUAAUGUUGGUUAUUUCGGUAUUAGAAGGAGCUUCACACUCUGUCUUCUACAGGUACUUGUAUCAACAACACAUCAGUGAUGAUGUUUAAGAAGGGAAGCUUCGAAAUUGGCUGCACUGUCUAUCCAGUUGCCAUAAAGGUAUAACUUCUUAUUGUCUCUUUCACGUUUUCUUCUUACUGUGAUGUUAAAUCUUCCUAAUACACCUUAUUUCCGUCCUGCAGUAUGACCCUCGGUUUGGGGAUGCUUUCUGGAACAGCAGUAAGUUCGGUUUGGUGAAUUACCUACUGAGUAUGAUGAGCAGCUGGGCCAUUGUGUGCAGCGUUUGGUACCUGCCGCCUAUGAACAGAGAGGUAAUGCACUUACUUAACUUCAAUCCACUUGUUUUUGUUAUUAAGUUAUCAGAGUACUUUUCCUCUCCUUUUUGUCUUAGCCUGCUUUUUAUUGUUAUUAUGUAGGAGGGGGAAGAUGCGGUGCAGUUUGCCAACAGGGUGAAAGCAGCCAUAGCCACACAAGGGGGACUGGUAGAUCUUAUUUGGUGAGUCAUUGCACAAUGGUCCGUCUUGUAGUUUACAUCUAAAUUAAAUCAUAGAAGUUGGGAGGUGGUUCAUCAUAACAGACAGUAGGUGGUGCUAGUUUUACAUUUUGGUUCUAUAACCCUGGAUUGUUGAGAAGGAGGGCAAUACAAUGAGAUGGAAUUUCCCAGGAUUUUAGGAAGGUCACAGCCUUGUACUUGCUCCACACAGAUAUAAACAUUUUGGUUCAGAGGAACGGGUGCUUCUGUGGAAGUCACAGGUAGAUAUAGUUGUAAACUGAGAUUCUUAAACUAAAAAAUAAAACUGAAAACAGCAUGGGAGACACUCUGAGCCGGCAUUUUGGUCUGUGUGGUUCACUUUCCCUUAUUUUCCCCUCUUGUAGGGACGGAGGGCUGAAACGAGCAAGAGUGAAAGAUGCCUUCAAAGAGGAGCAGCAGAAACUUUACAGUAAAGUUCUUGUAGGUGAGCAAGAACUGAGGGACCAAAGUGAGGACAAACAUUUAGAAGAGGAAAAUCCUGAGGAAAUAAGCGACCAAAACUCUUCAAAAACACAAGGACAACAGUAA